AGUGUUGCACGCUCGUACCCAUAACCCAGUGUCGGGUCCGACCUGAGCUCCGCUCAAUUACUCGAACCCGCCGUGAUCGCUCCGACAACGAUCCUUCGCCACCGUUUGGGUUCUCUUCUGAGCUGACUUCAUCCAUGUUCGAAUCCUUCGACAACACCAUUUGCUUGGUGCUGCAUCGCUCUUGCUGAUUCUGGCGUGUUCUGAGUUGUUGUUCGGCAUUCGCUCUCAACUUUGGCGUUUUCGCAUCUUUCUGGAUCUGGGUUGUUCGAUUCCAGUGCAAGCUGGCUAUGGACUACGAGCCCUACGAUAGUAGUGGAACUGAUGAUGAUCUGCCACCAACACACCAAAACAGAAUUCCCAGAGGGGGACGUCUUGCUGGGAAUGGAAGAGCUGCUGUAGGGUCACUUCCAUAUCCUAGGAUGUAUGGUGAAACUGACAUGGAAGCUCAAAUUCACCAACUUGAGCAGGAAGCUUACAGUUCAGUUCUGCGAGCAUUCAAAGCUCAAGCUGAUGCCAUUACUUGGGAGAAGGAGAGUUUGAUUACAGAACUUAGAAAAGAGCUGAGGUUAUCAAAUGAGGAACAUAGGGAACUUCUAGGCCGGGUUAAUGCAGAUGAUGUCAUACGAAGGAUAAGGGAGUGGAGGCAGGCAGGUGGCCAUCAACCUGGCUUGUUGAGUACUGGUCAAGCUAUUCAUGAUUCCAUUUCCAGUCCUACGAUAUCCGCAUCCCGUAAGAAACAGAAGAUAACUCAGUCUGUACCAUCACAGUCUUAUGGCGGGCCAUCUCAACAAUUCCACCCACAAACAGCAGCUGCACCCCACCAACCAUCUUCAUCUGCUGCAAAACGGGGACCUGUCUCAGGAUCCAAGGGGAAGAAGAACAAAUCUGGUCAACUGUUACCUGGUGUCUCUUCAAUGAAGCAGUACCCUUCCUCAGGACCUGGAGGAAGGAAUCAAAUGACUAAUAGAGUUUCUUCUGGUGCUGUCAUGGGUGAGUCUGCUGAGGGUGCUGCAUAUGAUCAAUUGAUUGGCCGGAGAGUGAGGACUAGGUGGCCUGAUGAUAAUAACUUUUAUGAAGCUGUUAUCACUGACUACAAUCAAGCGGAGGGUCGACAUGCUCUGGUGUAUGACAUGGGUACUGCAAAUGAAACAUGGGAAUGGGUUAAUCUAGCAGAGAUAUCUCCUCAAGAUAUUCAGUGGGUGGGGGAGGAUCCAGGAAUCAAUCACCGUGGAGCCUAUGGUGGUUCUAGUCGUGGGAUGAAUAGGUCUGUUGGUCGUGAUAAUGUUCCGGGAGCUGGAAGAGGUAGAGGAGGCACAAAGGGGCAAUCCAGGAAAGAUGUUUUGCCUUCACAAAAUGGCAUAGGGAAGAAGGGUCCGGAUGAUAUACAAUUGCUUCAUACAGAUGCAUUAAUAAAGGAGGUUGAGAGGGUUUUCAGUGCAAAUCAUCCUGAUCCUGUAGAAAUUGAGAAAGCCAAGAAACUAUUGAAGGAGCAUGAGCAAGCUCUUAUUGAUGCAAUUGCGAGAAUUGCAGAUUUUUCUGAUGGUGAAAGUGAUGAGGGUGGCCGCCAUUUCUCACAUGCUCAAUCAAUGGAUCGAGAAUGACAGGGAUUGCAUAACAUUUGUAGAAUGGGCAGACAUAUUUUGUUAUCAUGGUGGCCUGCACACUCAUGCGGGAGGGUGGACUUUUCUUGUUGUACUAUGCCGUACAAUAUAGUUCCCUAACACAUGAUAGAUAGCUCUAGGGUUUGGGUCUUUUGGGUUAGGAUGACAUUGACCAUAUUGUAGCUUUGGCAAUAAUUAUUUCGUUAAGGUUAAAAAUUGACAUAGGACCCAUCAGCUGUUGCUUUGUAUCAUACCUUCGCAUCAGUGAUCAUCACAUGUGAUAUGAUUGUGUAUAAAUUUGGUUUCCUUGUAUUGUUCAGAACUAUGGUUGUUCUCUCUCUUGCCUCCUCCUCCCGACUGCCAUUAUUAAUUUCAUUCUAUUUGAUGUUGA